AACUGAUGAAUAUCGGUAUCAGCAGCAGCAGCAGAGGAGGAAGUGUGAUGAUGGGGUUGAGAUGAUGGUGGUGGUGGUGAUGUUGAUGCCAUCAAGAAGCUGGAAUGCAGCGCGAGCCCGGCUGAGGGGCCGUGCUGGCGGGCGGUAGGGCGAUGGGCAACGCGGCGGAGAAGGCGGCAGACGCCCCUCCUCCUCCUCCCCCCGCCUCCUCCUCCUCGCAGCAGCCGCAACAGCCGCAACAGCAGCAGCAGCAGCCGCAACAGCAGCCGCAGCAGCUGCAGCAGCAACAGCAGCAGCAGCAGCCGCAACAGCAGCAGCAGCUGCAGCAGCCGCAGCAGCAGCAGCGCCGGGGCUCCGAGGGGGGCGGCCCCCCCGACGGGAUGGUGGACCUCAGCACACGCAGACUGCGCGGGCUGCCCCUGCAGGUGUGCGGCUUCCGCAACGUGGUGAAGCUGUACGCCAGCGACAACCUCCUGCGCGACCUCCCGGUCGAGCUCGGCCGCCUCAGCCGCCUGCGCAUCCUCGCGCUCGACGCCAACCGCCUGGACGAGCUGCCGCGCUGCGUGUGCGGCCUCGCCUCCCUCUCGCGCCUCUACCUGGGCGGCAACCGCCUGCGCUCGCUGCCCGCCGAGCUGCGCGACCUGCGCGCCCUCCGCUCCCUCUGGAUCGACAACAACCGCUUCCGCUCGCUGCCGCCCUCCCUCUGCGAGCUGCCCCAGCUGCGCACGCUCCAGGCGGGCGACAACCGCCUGCGCUCGCUGCCCGACGGCGUCGCGCGGCUGCGCGAACUGCGCGGCAUCUGGCUCUAUGGCAACCGCUUCACCGAGUUCCCCGACGUGCUGCGGCGCGCCGAGAGCCUCGAGGUCAUCGACGUCGACCGCAACGGCAUCCGCCGCUUCCCGCCGCUGUCGCGCAUGCCCCGUCUCAAGCUGCUCUCGUUCGACCACAACCCCUGCCGCCUGCCGCCCGAGGUGGCCGCACGGGUGACGCUGGUCGGGGAGGCCGAGGGGGCGGUGGGCGGGCGGCCGCUCACGGCGAGGGGCGGCGGCGGCGGCACGGUGGCGCUGGCGGCCGCCGUCACGGAAGAUUCCGACGUUCGCUGAGCCCGGCGGGGUUGACCCGGUUUGCUGCCGCCGCCGCCACCACCGCUGCUGCUGCUACUGGUUGUUGUUGUUGUUGUUUUUCUACGACGGCGCGCGUUUGGGGGGUGUCACAUUCGGCGAGAGUUUCUAGCAAGUGCCCGGUGGUGUUUCCAGCCCGGUGGUUUUAAUGCGAGGUGAACUUUCAUUGUGACGGCACACGAUGAGCAAACACCGCGGUCAACCCCCAUACGGUUUAUAAGCCCGUAUUCUUGUACAGGUAAAUUGAGUGUUCAGGGCCAUUCGCCUCAAGAACCGUUUCAAUACGGGCAAAACAAAAUGACGCGUCUAUUUGUUUGUGUUUCUCCCCUUGUGAUGGGACUUUAUAGGAUGAACGUUGAGAUUUAAAAGGGGCACGGGAUGACCAACAAGGUCUGAAUUGGUCUGUAAUAAGGUAGGGGCACUGAUAAGGGGUUGACAGGUAUGGAUGAGGCAGUCCCGCGAUUAGUUUGGCGGCCAUUUUUGUCCUUCGUCACAAUUCCUGCGAAAAUUCCUGCAUUAGUUUCGACCUUUCGAGGUCUCAUCAGCAGAGUGAGCAUUGUUGAAUAUGUCUUGCUGGAGGUACCGGAGGUUUGCCGGUGAGAGCACUCCGUCUUUAAGAUGUGCUCAAGUCUCCCGAGAUACCAUCGGUAGGCCAGGGUUCCGGGUUGUUAUUCGUGCUUUCGAGGUCCCUGACUCUCUGUUCACAAUCAACAAGGACCUUAAUUUUAACACACGACCAAUAUUAUCCAUAAUAGAGGUUUUUUUUUUUGGAAGAGAGGGGUUUAACGACACAUUUAUAUUUAAGCGAUCGAACGUCCCAAAAAAAGACCUCUAUUAAGGACCUUCAUGAUGGCGGGCAGGCCUGGGGUAAAACCUGGGCCCGAACCUUCGCCUGCUAGCGAUAUCGUAGUAUCCGGCCAAAGCGCGAAGAUGAAAUGCUCGACCCGCUGUUUGUCGCGCAACAACAAAAUAAGAAGCAAUAUGGCACAGAGGCACUCGUCAGCGUGCAACUUGCGAAGCGUGUGGCGCGGUUUACGAAGAAUAGCCAGAGUUUACACUAUGAGACCUCUCCUUUACCAGUGGCAAAAUAUAGUAGUAGGUUUUUACCCUUUAAACUGGUACAAAAACUGACACCUUUAUACAAGGCAUCAUGUUUGC